AUGGUAAUUGACAGCGAAAACGACAUAGGGCAUUCUCCGAUCGGCGAGCACCCACAAGGGCAACAAUCUCAAUCUCAACAGCAGACAGCUCAACCCAUAUUGGUGCCAACGGUGUUCAAAUGGACGGAAGGAGGUUCUAAGGUGUUUGUUAUGGGAACGUUCACCGGAUGGCGAAAAAUGAUUGCUUUGAAUGGUCCUUCUAAGAAGGAUGGUAGUUUUAGUGUACAAAUUGCACUACCUCCGGGAACACACAGAUUUAAGUUCGUGGUGGAUAACGAAGUGCGAUUCUCUAACUUCAUUCCUACAGCAACAGACACCUCCGGACACUUUGUUAAUUAUUUAGAAGUGAUUCCGUCCGAGCAUGAUGACUAUACCAGUUUGAAUGCCAUCACACAAGGAAGCCGGUCCAAAUCAUACUUGAGGACGCUGGAUUCGAAGCUAGGACUCACAAGAGAUGACGACGACAUGGGAGAUGGCUACACCAGAUACCACGACGACGAAGAGCUUCCUGAUAGCGCUCCUGCGGAAUACAUCGAUUCGAUUCCUCCAAUUUUUACGGACCCGAAGGUGAUGGAGGAUUACUACGUUACACUCGAUAAUAAUCAACGACAAGGUAACCAGAGCCAGCAAUGGCUCAUUCCUCCUCAGCUACCACCACAUCUAGAAAGUGUCAUUCUCAACAGCUACAAUCACACGGAUAAAGACAAUACCUCCGGUGCUCUGAGCAUUCCAAAUCAUGUGGUGUUGAACCACCUGGCCACAACGUCCAUCAAACACAACACAUUAGCUGUGGCAAGUAUAGUGAGGUACAAGAGAAAGUAUGUCACGCAGAUUUUAUAUGCUCCACUUCAAUAA